AUGAAGACGGUGUUUUUUCUACAUCUGGUAGUCUUUUGGACCGUUUUCUUGGGUAAGUUGACGUGCAAAAUCAUUCUAUUUAUUAUUACAAUGGUUGGGUGAGAAAGAUUCAAAAUGUGUGGAAAACCAGUAGUUUGCUCGCCGCUCGUUGAUGUGUCUGUUUAACAGUCAUAGUAUUUCAUAAGAGUAAAUCCGAACAAAGUUUGAGAGAAAUGUGAUUUUAAAUAAGGAAGGACAAUGAAUCCAAGUGCCCAACUUUCAGAAUCCUCCUCCAAACCGGCCAGAUCGCCGCUGGAUUUGGGGAUAUUCAGAUCCAACCCUUGUGAUUCCAAUGCUAUCCAUCAGAUUUGUGAGAACAUACCGACCUACAACUUUGGACAAUUUGAAGUUUUCACUCGUUCGAGAUCGGUAAGUGCAAUAAUAUGACAAUAUAAAAAUCGGUAUGUCGGCAAAGUAAUGUGGACUCGUCGCAAAAAGAGUAUCGCCUCGUCGCAGUCGCUCAUCAAAUCCCCAACCGCCGCAGGGCAAUGAUGGGCGGUUCCAAUAUAUAGAAUUAAUAACAAAUCAUUCAUUUUAGAGUGACAGACUGAGAGAUCGAUUGAAGACGGUGGUAAAAGAAUGUAAUCAGCCGAAUACUUUCAAAUUAAAGUCAUCAGAGUACAUCCGGAAGAUCCUUGAUCGCUAUGAAGUCAUCAAAGAUAGGGCUGAGAAAGAGCAUAGCACAAAAGCGCAUGCCUUGCAUCUUUAUAUGAGAACGGCCGCGUUCCUAAAGAUCAAUCUGGGCAUUGAUUAUUUGUAUCGGAUAUCGGUAGGUAACUGUUAAUGAUCAAUGAUGACUAUAAUAUUGAAAUUAAUGUUCUAGAUCGAAGAGAUUGAAGAUUUGGUCUCAAAAAGGCAGAGAGUAGUGCUUCGAGCCGUGGCUGAGCCCGGUUGCACUCGCCCAGACAUCUUACAAAAGAUGGGGUUGAAUCAAUUUGAGAUUGCGAGUGUUCUAAAACAUGAUCAAUACAUGACCGAGGCCUUGAAAAAAGUGACUGGACUCGAAUCUGUAGUGUAAGUGGACAAAAAUUCAUUCUACUUUGCCUGAAGGCAUUUCAUUGUAAUCCAUUUACCUAUUGAUUUCAGUAUUUUAUCUUUCAGCUACCGGCAAUUUGCCCCUUUUUUUGAAGAGUUUGGCCAACAUCUCAGCUUUGCUCAUGGCCAUAAAUUUGAUGACAAAUUCACUCAAAUCCUCGCCGAACACACUCCCGCCGAUCAGAUGAUGAUGGAUUUGCGUGAGAACUACGCUCAUUGGCAUGUGGAAUGCACAGUGCGCGAGAAAGCGGAGGAGGUUUUCCAGGAAUUGAAGAAUGGAACGGUCGGAUUAUCCAGUUGCAAUGAUGUUUUGCCCGAUGUUUUGGACAGACUGAAUGCUCUGGAAAUGUUUGACACUUCUAAUAAGAGACAAAAAGUCAUCAAAAGAUUGGAGGAGACAUUUAAUUUUGUCAAAAAGGCCAUUCGAGUAAGGACCAUAAAAAGUAAUACUGAUGUUGAUUUAGGAAAAGUUCUUCAGAAUCCCGUUGGUCAAGCAAAUGGAAUUGAAAUUACUCUCUCUUCUCCAUUCCUUUCACAUUCAACUUCUACAUGUCUCGGACUUUGACAAUCACAAGACUUUUGUUCAACAAAUCAGCGAGAUUGACAAGGAUUUGGAUGAUCAUAUCUCGUACAAGAUGAGUACUCUAAACCUCUCGCUUACUGUUUAUGAUCUUCUGAAUUCGAUUCAUGCAGUAAGUCUAAAAACUUUUUCAUUUUUUAUGAUUUGUGUCAAGUAUAAUAUUAAGUAGUGUUGUUAACCCGUCAAUUUGACGCGUUGGCCACAUUGUCAAAUUGGUGUCAUUUUUGUUAUGUCGAAUUGCGUUUUUCAUUUCGAUUGUCAAAUUAGAAUUUUGCGGAAAAUUUUUGGCCAACAUAAAGGAUCCAAAAAAGAUUAAAGCUAUAAUAGCGGCUUCUUAAUUCAACCCAUUUUUACUUUGACCAAAGGUAUGAUACCUUUGGUUUACAAAAAAAUCCUUCAUUUUGUCACGUGACCGGUCCAACUUUGUCAAGACUGAAUUUUUUUUUCUUGUCAAAACGGCCAAUAACAUGAGAAGUAAAACCAAUUGCGACUAAUACAUAUUGACGGUAAUAUUACGUAAUGUUUAGGGUAACUCGAAUACAAUCCUUAUUCAAAUCUCCGAAAUAAAACAUUGGAAUUGGGCUGAGAAUCUGGAUGAUCCAACUUUCUUUGGCUCCAUUGGCACUUUGAUAGCGAGAAAAGUAUGGAAAAAGAUCAGUAAGUGAUGGAUGAUAUAAUUUGACGAUUUUCAGAUGAGACUGUGACAAUUAAAUGGGGAGACAUUGUUAACUUGGAGGAUAAUGAGGAGUUGACUGACUAUCAAUUUCAACAAAUCGGUGAGUUAAUUGUAAAGCAUUACUUUCCCACUAUUUUCUUUAAUCUCUUGCUUUUUGAUGACUUAAAUUAAUGUCUAAUUCCAGCUUUGACAACUGCCCUCCGAGCCUUGCAACUCAAAUCUUACCAAACUCCGAUCCACGUUGAUUCUAAAGGCCAGAAGUUUACUUCAGAUCAAGCCUUCAACAUAGCCUAUUUCAUCGAGAAUGAGUGCGAUUCCAACAGCUCCCAUCCCUUGUCGGACGUCUAUUCCAACUCCUUCAAUUGCAUCACCGAUGACUACUUCUCAUUUGCCAAUGGCAAAACCAACCUCAGACUCGAGUCUCCCUUUACCCUACUCCAUCUUCGACAGCCUCAAGUGGACAAAAGUAAAGAAAAUCAUCUGGGUUUAUUCAGCGAGAGAAAUCUGAACAACUCGAUUAAUCCCUGCGAUGAUUUCUAUCAAUUUUCAUGUGGAAAGUCGACGGAAAGCAUUUAUCAGGAGACUUAUAAUCGAAAUAUCAAGCUGAUUGAAAAGGAACUACAGAGGAAAGUCAGCGAAAAUGAAGUGAGUGGGAGAAAAAUCAAAAAUUACUGUAAUUUUAGCCCAAAGCGAUCCAGUUUUUGAAACGGAUCUACCAGAAAUGUGUUCGAGGAGAACUUAAAGACCUCCCUUAUACCAAAGAAGAGCUGUUGCCAGUAAUUGAGAAGAUCAAAGGACUCCUGGGAGUCAAAAAUAUACCGGUAAAAGCCGGGGAAAUCAGCGGCAGCCAGUUCUUGGAUAAAUUCGGAGCUCUUUCUGGUUAUGUUCACAGCGAAUUUAAUGUAGGACCAUACAAAUACUAUACAGCGAAGCGAACUGGAGUCCACAAACAUGUCGAGGUAACUUUGGUUGACAUCUAAAAUACUGUAGCAUAUUUGUUCUGAUUUCUGUAUUUUCAGGCCAGAAUUUUGACUCUCCCUCCCUCAGAUUCCUCUCCAAAUGAUCGUGGAAAUGCUUGGGCCAGAUUCUUUGAUUUAACAGGCCAUGGGAUCAAUGCCACCGAGAUCGACCAGCUUGUUUAUGAUGGAAUUAAUCUGAGAAAUGCCAGUUUUCUGGCCGAUAUUAACGGAAACGGGAGUAAGAACCUUCGGGAAAAGUCAGUCUCCUCAACUGCAGGGGAAUUGGAUUGUGCUGAAGGUAAGAAGAAUUAGUCAAAUCUUUGCAGUAAUGCCUGAAAGUGCUCACAAUUACCUUUCAGUCGGUUUCAAUCUGACUUCAUUCUUCUCCACCAGCAUCGGAUUUCUUCUCCCAUCUGAAGACAAAGUCUCUGUUAGCCUGACAGUAAAUUACAGUAAGCUUGAGGACCCUUCCCUCCAAGCAGCUGCCAUAAAUGGGGUCAUCGAAGAGACCUUGCUCCAUCUGUUUAGCAACGACAUCCCGGAUAAUGUUGUCUGUUAUGGGGUGAUGGAAACGGCCGGAGAAUUCUUAUUGGGUCGUAUUUUAUUGGACUCGAGAUUUGUGUUCGGGAAGAUCACUCAAGAGGACAGAAAAAGCGGAAAGAUUUUGUUCUCUGAGUUUCAGGUAAAGGUCACACAAAUUAUUUUAUAAAAUAUAAUUUUUAGGAAAAGUUGACAAAGCAAUCGGAACAUGUUUUCAAUUCCAUGAAAUUCAUGCUAAAAGAAGCCCCCUGGCUGAGUGAAGAGACUCUUCAAAGGGCGCUGCAACGGGUUGACAAUUUAACCAUGAUCCUUGGGAACGAUCCCUUAUUGCUGGAUGAGGCUUUGACAAAGAUUUAUGACAAAACUUUGUUCGAUGAGAGCCAUGUCAUCAAGAAGCAAUAUGCGCAUAAUGUAAUGCCCAUCAGACGAGCUGAAUUUGGAUGCUGUACUUUGAGUUUGCUGCCGUAUUCUCCGGUGAUGAGUGUAAGUGAAUGAUUAGUUGAGAGAAGAAGUUUCAACAUUCUCUUUUCAGUUCUUAAUCCACCUUCUCGAGACCACCAAGACGAUUAUUUUCCCGGCGAACGCCCUCUUCUGGCCAAUGUAUGACCACAAUCAUCCGUCUGAGUACGUCUUCGGAUUCUUCGGGGCGUCUGUUGCUCAUGAGGUGGGGCAUAUGUUCGAUGGACGGUCGCUGCUGCCCAGUGAAUUCCCCGAUGAUCCGGCAUGGAUGUCGGACAGUGAGGCCCGUUCUUAUGCUGCGAUGGCUGCUUGUGUGGCCGAGCAAUACGAUCAUUUGUGUGAUGGGGAGGGAGAGUGUGCGGAUGGAGUGCAGAGUAACAUCGAGAUCAUGGCUGAUAAUAUCGGUAGGUCAGAUCCUUUUAUUGGCUUUUUUCUGAAAACUUUUUUCAAAAAAAUAAUUUAUAUUACAGUAGAAUCAUCAAUUGAAAUGAUCGCUAAAUUUCCUUUUUCAGGCCUUCAACUAGCCUAUCGAGCUCUCCAAUCCUGGCUAGAGAUUUAUGGACCUGACCCUCGACCUCCCGGCCGCUUGAUCGCCCGCCUAACCACCCCUCAACUCUUCUUCCUAAAUUAUGUUCAGUAUAUGUGUGAGCCUAAAGGGCGUGCACGACAGACCGAAAAGGCCUUCAGGGCACAUCCUCGAGUCGACUUCAGAAUCCAAGGAGCGCUGAUGAAUAUGCCCGCCUUCUCGGACGCCUUCAAUUGUCCGGUUGGAAGCAGAUAUUGGAGGAAUGAAGAGAGCGGAGGGACCUGUCCGAUCUUUAAUGGAGCCCUCAAAAAGAUUCAAAACUCCAGAUUAGAGGAGAUCUGGGCGAAAGAAGGAGUGCUCAAGGAAAGGCUCUGA